UAAAGAACCCCAGGUGGUCCAAAAUUAAUCCGGAGCCCUCCACGACGGCGUGCCUCAUAAUCAGAACUGGUUUUGGCACGUAAAACCCCAGAAAGAAGUAUCUCAGAGAAGCGCGAGGCAGCUCCUGCCACCUAUCGAGCGUAGAGAGAGACUUUCGCUUUGGUCUACGCCGACGUCCACGAGGUGGCGACAACAGUUCCGUGAAUGUCAACGCGACCGCCAUAACGCUUUGCGGUCGGUGUAGAUUGCCGCUGGUGUUCAUGCGGUUCUUCAUUCAUUUCACUACAGUGUUUAGCUAUUAUUGCAGGCUGAAUUCGCAACAUCCUUGAACAUGUCUCGGCGUGAUCGACAACUUCGCCGCAUUUACACACCCCUCCGGUAUCGAGCAGAAGCGCACUGACGUUCGCGCGCAUGUGAUUGCGAAUCGCUUGCGUGUAUCGUGUGGGGGGCUUGCUUGCUGAGCAGUCAACGCGACCACCAAGAUUCAUCGAUAAUUGCGCGAGUUUGAAUUCCACAUUACAUCAACCUGCUUGUUACAACUCAUCGCUUCAGCGCUGCAGACUCUGUGAUGGCUUCGACGCACUUCGCCUGCAAGGAGUGCAGCAUGCACUUCAGCGGUCCCAUGCCUUACAUGGACCACCUGAAGAGCGCCAGGCACCAGAAGAAAGUUGCCGCUCACAGACAGAUGGAAGCGCUGAUCGGAGCUGGAGCCGAGGUUCGCAGCCCGGACAUCAAACUGGAAGUCACCUCUGCGGCCACGGGAUUGCCGUCGAUGCAGAUUGCGCCUCUGCGGUUCGUCUGCGAGCUCUGCGACGUCGCCAUGAACUGCGAAGACGCCCUGAUUUCCCACAAAAAGGGUAAGAAGCACCAGCGGGUGCUACAAAGGGAGGAAGUCCUCCGACAGCUUGCCGCUGGUAGGGACGCUUGCCAGAAGCUCCCGGCUGAAUCAACGAUGCGUCGGUCUUCGACGUCGCCAACGUCGACCGCUCCUGAGGGGACUGCAAGUUCAGCCGAUGACGCAGGAGAACAACGACGAGGCGGUCGAUCCUGUCUUGCCGCUUCUGCGGCAUCGUCCUCUUCGAGAACGUCGGCUACAAGCUGGAGCAUCUGGAGACCGAUGCGCAUCGCCAGAAAAGGAUGCAAGCCGUCGGAAGACGAGACGAUCCCGACGAGUGCCAGAAGCGGUCCACUAGUGGAUCUUCGGAUCCGGCUAACGGCUUCGAAUGAUGACGUUUGGUUGAGCCUCGAAACGACCACUGCCGCGCUUAGCGCGGCGAUUUUUCGUUUCUGAUCCCGAGGGGCCGUAUUUGUAACGAUUAUUGUCCUCUUCCAUUCCCUUUUUUUUUUUGUCCGUCAUUGGCUCGCGAGUCGCCGCGCGACCCCACUAUUAUUUGCCGGGAUUGGCCACUAACACAAACGGUUUACAAGAAAUGAUUUUAAUUGGAAGCGUCUAUGCGAAUUACCGCCCAUGACGUCUUUUUGCGUUUAGCGAAUUCCAGUUUACGAUUUCUGAAAGAAGGUUCCGACUUAUGCUCAAACUUGUAUGGGUACCUCGCUUUAGUCGUGCGAAGAAAGAGACAAUGAAGCCAGAGAAAGCAUAGGGCAACAUAAUUAUAUUUAAUGGAAAUGUUGAAUGAAUUAUAUGUUAUGUUUAAAAUUGUUAUCAAAUAGUUAUGUUUAAUCAUGAUAAAUGAGUUAUUACGCUUGAAAAGCUUGCGGCCUUUUACACGGAAUGCCUCACGGCUUCAUGUGUACCAGUGUUGGAAGAAUGCCAACAUUAUACUAAUAAGAAGGGAGACGUUGAAGAAUUAUAGGCCCAUUAGCUUGCUUUCAGUAUUGUAUAAAAUAUUCAAUAUAAUUUCCAAUGCAAUCAAUGCAACACUUCACUCAACCAAGAGAACAGGCUGGUUUCAGGAAGGGAUAUUCUACAAUGGAUCACAUCCGUGUCAUCAAUCGGGUAAAAUGACAAGGCUGUGGUCUACGAUAAACCUCUCUGUAUGGUUUUCAUAGAUUAUGAAAAGGCAUUUGAUUCAGUAGAGAUACCAGCAGUCAUGGAGGCAUUGUGUAAUCAAGGAGUAGAGGAGGCCAUACUUGUAAUACUUGAGAAAUGCCUACAAAGAUUCCGCAGCUACCUAGCUUGUCCACAAGAAAGGUAGAAAAUUACCUAUCAGAAAGGCGGUGAGGCAAGGAGGCACAAUCUAUCCAAUGCUAUUCACUGAUUGCUUAGAAAAAGUAUUCAAGCUAUUAGACUGGGAAGGCUUAGGAGUGAGGAUCAACGGAGAAUACCUCAUCAAACUUCGGUUUGCAGAUGACAUUGUCCUCUACAGCAACCCUGGGCAUGAGUCGCAACAAAUUAUUGAGAACCUUAACUGAGAAAGUGUAAGAGUGGGGUUGAAUACUAGUAUGCAGAACACAAAGGUAAUGUUCAAUAGCCUGGCAAGGCAGCCACUCUAGUAUGCACAAUAGAGUUCACACGGCAUGCACUAUAUUCUAUAUAUAGAAGGCCUAUUAUAAUACAUAUAUAUUCUAGUUGCAAUAAUAAAAAAAUGGAGCUGCGCCGGCCGUGUAAUGCGUAGAGCAGACAACCGGGGGACCACUAGAUUUACAGAAUGGGUCCCAAGGGAAGGGAAACGCAGUCGAGGACGGCAGAAAAUUAAGUGGGUGGGAUGAAAUGAGAAAAUUUGCACGCUCAAGUUGGAAUCGGCUAGCUCAUGAAAGGGCUAUUGGAGAUCACUGGGAGAGGCCUUCGCCCUGCAGUAAACGUAAACAUAGGCGGCUGCUGCUGCUGAUGAAUUGAAAUGGUAAAAUAGUAAUGGAUAUGGAAAUCAAAGUGGACGAAAGAAUAACUUGCCGCAGGGCAGAGCCGAACCUAUAUGUUCCGCAGUAGCCAGAGCCGCUCGCUGCCAUGGCGGCAAUUUCAUUUCCCUUCUCUUAAUUAUUUGUACAUUUCAGUUAAACAUAGUCAGAAUGCGAGAUGCUUUCUCUAGUUUCAUUGCCUGGUUUCAUUGUUGUAUGGUGGUGAUUAAUAAAACAUUUUGAGAAUGGCAGCCGACAAACAAAUGCCAUGAAACAAAACACCGACAGCGCAUGCCUUUCCUCGUAAAUCUUCUCGCCCUUAAAUAUGAAAAGUGCGAAACAAUAAGAGAGCUCAAACUUGAAAAUAAUGUAAUUUUAUUGGCGCGGCUGGGCGCUACCUCCAGGAUCGGCCCAGGGAAGAAGUUUGAAACAUACCCAAUACGGAAAAGUGGUAAAGGCGCUAAGAAAUACGUUGGCUUUAAUUAAACAUCAAUUGUACGAUGACAGGAUAGAAACAGGACCCGUGGCACAACAGCUCGUUUUUACUUAGCUUACGUUUACUUGAAUUCAGACUGACAUUACAGCUCCGAGUCUUACUCACUAUAAUAUGCUAACAUGUUGCUAUCGCAUUCAUUGCUUCGCCCCUGUGGUGAAACUGAUAUAUUUUUUAAGGCUUUCUAUUAAGGGCUUGCAUAACGAAUAUUUAGACAUAGCAAGGAACUCGUUUACAUAGUACUAAUGCACUUAGAAUUGUGUUCGAAUUAAAGUUUGAAGAUAAGGAGGAUAUAGUUAAAUGAUCGCUGCAGGCCUUUUUGGGGAAGCGGAGAUGUUGAGAUUGAGAAUUUGAACGGUGGCAACACUUGGUUCUAUCACGAUGAGUCCGUGCAUUAUUUAAUGUGCUUAAUUCGAAUGUGUUGCCCUCGGCCUCAGUUAUGACUUGACCAUGGCUAUGAAAGUGAUCUUGCGCUGUGUUCGAAGUCUGCAUUAGUUAGAGUAGGACGUUAGCGAAAGUGUCGGUUUGUAUAAACCAGGUAAUCUGCUUUCACUGUCUUCAUCCAUCUGCAAGAGUUUCGUUAAAGCUGCACUCUAAUGAAUUCAGUAACCGAUUGUGCUUCAUACAUAGGGGAUCUAGACAAAAGCUGUGGGAUAUAUGUGAAAGGGCGUUACGAUUCACGCGGUCUGAUUGUCGCUCCUAUGUGGUAUUUAUGUGUGUUACGUUGAAUUGCGCCUCGCACGUUCUGAUUGUCGCUCCUAUGUGGUAUUUAUGUGUGUUAUGUUGAAUGUAUGGCGACAUGCUAUGUGAUGCUUGUUGGGAGUCUUUAUUUUUACCGUGUGUACUCCUUGCAGUAUCAAAUCUUAUGGGCGUUCCGACGUUGGUAAACCUGGGUGAUUCAGCGGAAGUUGAGGAUUGCCGCCACCAUAAGCUGUUAACACGGAUGUUUCUUAAACGCAGAUAGCAGUGCUCGAUAUACGGUGCGCUCAUGACGAUCUUAGGCGUUUCGAGGAGUAAUAGCGCGCACAAGAGAAGGAACAUUUGUGUUAGAGCCUAGGAUGACGGCCACCCAUUGGCGGAAACUAACCUCGUCCGUAUCAUAUGCGAGUGAUGCCACUCUGUCUUGGUAUGUUUUUUUUACCCUUUGUAUGCUGAGAACGAAUAAAUCGUACUACGAGAUGUACCGCUUCGGGAGCGACGGAACACCGGCAGCCUGCUGCACA